GGCCUAGUCUUGCCAAACGUUUCAAGACGAAGAGUGCACAGGUUGAAUGGUCAGAAUUUUGCUAACGCUAGUGUACAUAUUGUUUAAUACGGGAGUUUAACCCUGAUUAGUUACGGUUAUUCUACCUAAGUGGCAUGGCUAGCAGGAUGACCAUUAAAAUCAUUUAGUUCCUUGAGCAACGGUAAAGUCGUAGGUUCUGUUAGAACACGGAACAAACGACAAAUAUGGAGUAAGUCUGGCUAAAAACUCCGCGAACCCAAGGAAGGAUACGUGAGAGGUUGCUGGUUUCAACUGGUCAAGGCAAGGGAUCAAGGGUAGAGCAUCAUUCACCGAAGGACUUCCGAGGACUAGCCCAGGUAUCAGACCACCGGACUCUGGAUCAUCGCCCUGACUGUUCAAGGCAUCCAAACAAAGACGAGGGACUGCAAUCAUCGGAGGCUUUCAAAAAACGGAUGAACGUUCAGGAUUAAUUAAAACCCGACUCUAGAGAGGGAUUCGUGGAAUUUAUUAGGAUAAGACCGCUGCGCCAUCAGUAGUUGUUUACUUUGUCUUUCCGAACUUGCUCAUCAGACAUGACGGACGAGAACGUUAUCACAAUCAAGGACCGGAAGUUGUUCUACGACCCGUACAAUCGGGGGUACUACUUCGAGAGCAAGAUCGAGUGUCUGGAAAGGGCCACAUCGAACAGAUACAAGAAGGCGGACGCGUUGAAUAAAAACAUUUUGCUUCAGAGACAAUCAUUUAACCGCCACAUUGACCAAGCUGAGCAUAUAUUUACUGCGAAGUGUACGCGAGAGAUUGGGGAACUGCGGGAGUCGCUGCGAGGUCAUGUGGCCUACCGGAAGGUGUUGAACCAGGCUGCGAAAGACUUCGAGUUGAGUCCCAAGAAUCAACCGCAAGGGAAGUACGGCACGUACGGGCCUGAUGGGUACCAGAAGGAGGUCAUGCCGCAGUUAGAGGCGGAGUUGAAACAGAUGAAUCCCGAAACGCGACGCCGGAAGGAAGUCAAACGGUUGUUACGACAACGGAAGAAACCGGAAGUGUUUGAUAGAACAUUGUCGGACGAUAUGUUCCUUUCUGCAAAGAAAAGCAACAGAUCUAUUUCACAUUUACCCGAUUCUGGCGAUAUGACUGAUGCUUCAGGUUUCGAUGGAAAUAUGCUAAUAGUGGAUCAGAGUACGAAACAUGAUCUGGACGAACAGGAUAAUUUUCAAAGAUAUUUAGACACUGAUGAACGCGGAAAACAUGGGAAAUUGGUGCUGCCCCCUAUUCAGGCCUCCAUGUCUCCUACAAAAUCUAAAUCUCUGCGCAGUGCGUCGAGUGAAAAGGACUCGAACGUGACACUUCCGUCUGUGUUUGUGACAGAGUUUGUCAAACCCGAGAAUGAAACAGAUGAGUUUGUGUUAGAGGACGAUGUCGUUGAGAACGAACUGGAUAUUCUAGACUAGUAUUGCCUCAGCAUAAGGUUAUCCCCACACCACUACCCCGCUCCACUCCACUCCCCAAGUCCGAUAUCAGAAAACGGAGUAAGAACGAAAUGGUUAAAUGAACCUAGGCUUUCCAACCUCUGUUUUUUUGCCUGUCGUUCGUAUUUGACUUAACGGCCAACAUAAACAGCCUCUAUGGUAUUCUUUCCAUUGAUUUUCAUUCCCUUCCUCAAGUUUUUCAGUGUGUAAGAUCACUUCUGUCUUAGAUUUUGGUCGCCAAUGUUCAGAAUCAACGAUGUUUGUGUAAUACGACCUUUUCAAGACAUGUCCCCGUUUUUCUUGCCAUUCGUAAGGCGUUUGUAUUGGUUUCUUACCAAGGUGGCAGAGACUAUUUUCCAUACAUGUUCCCGUCUUAUUGAUCAUUUCACAAAUAUUCCUCUUAUUGCUACAACUAUUAUUACACAUGAAGUCUACAAUGAUCAUCCACUUUAAAACAAAUAUCCCAUGGUAUUGAUACCUCAAAAUAAAAUAUUGUUUGCUGAAAUAAAGUACAUAAAUUGAGUUUGCUUAACGUCUCUCAAUUCCUUCAGGCGCAA